GUGGGAUGGCCAAAGCGGCCCGCCAAGAAAUUAGAGACUGCUCUGCUUGGGAGCUAUCUUGUCUCCUCUGUUGUCCGGCGGGAACUGGACCCCAGUGGAGCCACCGCCAAAGAGCAAUUGAUAGGCCUCAUACGCUGCACAAGUGACCAUGUCUUCAAUGCAACAAUUUGGGAUGUUCUUGUCGAUCCAGAUUACCAGGGCAAAGGCAUCGGGCGCUAUAUGGUUGUGAAAACAGUGGAGGCUCUGAAGCGACAACAGAUCGGUAACAUCUGCCUCUUUGCGGAUUCGGAAGCUGUGGGCUUCUACGAACAAUUGGGAUUCAAGUGCGAUCCUGACGGUGUCAGG